AUGCCUGAACCGAAUCCUAAACCUGGAAUGGAUCCUAAUGCCCAGGUAGCCACUACUAUCCAGCGCAUGACCGAUUUGUUGGCCCAUGUAGUGGAACGCCAGGGCCAAAAUCCUAUUUCUCAACCUAGAAACCCUGGUAACCAUGUAGAGAGUAAGGAUAGAGCCCUCAAACGAUUUCAGAAGUUCUCCCUACCAAAAUUUAUUGGAGGACCUGACCCAAACGUGGCUGAGAGGUGGUUGGAGAAGAUUAUCGAUAUUUUUGCUGCUCUACAUUAUACGAAGGAGAGACAGGUGACAUUUGCUGUCUUCCAACUAGAGGGAGUAGCCCGUUCUUGGUGGAACGUGGUAAGACUAAAAUGGGAAAGAGAACAAACACCGAGGACGUGGGUAAACUUCAGGAAGGAGUUCAACGCAAAGUAUUUUCCACCACUAAUUCAGGAGAAGAAGGAGGAUGAGUUCAUAACGCUUCGCCAGGGAACCCAGACUAAGGACCUAGUCGUGGCUCAACUUAGUGCCUUUAGCAAUGCAGUGAAGAAAGCCCAACGAGUUGAAAGUGCGAGGCUACAAGUUAGAAACUUCCAAGCGAAGAAAAGGGCUAUUCCUGAAAGUAGCAUAGACCAAGAGGGUAAGAGUACACCUCCCAAUUUUGGAAGAGGAACUGGAGGAGUAAGAAUUCCGGAGAUAUCUAGAGCUGCCUCACGGGGAGGCUCGACCUCUGCUUCCCGUGGCCCCUGCGGGUACUGUGGGAAGGCGAAUCAUACGGAGGAUGUUUGCUGGAAGAAAGCGAGGAAAUGCCUACGUUGUAGGAGUGCAGAUCAUCAGAUCGCUAAUUGCCCAGUCCUACCUCGAGAAGGGAGUGGGAACCGACAGUUAACCAAGACCAACCCUGAACAGUCGAAGGGGGAAGGGACUAGACCAAAGGUUCCGGCUCGGAUGUAUUCCGUAGAGCAACAUCAGGUCCCUGACUAG